AUGGGUCUGAACACUGUGGCCACCUACACCUGUAACAUUGGCUAUGCUCUCACUGGAGACACCAUCAGGUCUUGUUGGAGUGAUGGAGUGUGGAGUGGAUCAGCUCCAACUUGUCAAGUCGCCACUGUCACCUGCUCUGAUGAUCUCCCAACCAUCUCUAAUGGAGGCAUAACCUAUAUGUUUGGGUUCACUAACAGCAGACCUGUGGGUGCUACAGCCACUUACAUUUGUUUUAGUGGCUACCGUCUGACUGGAGUGUCAGUAAGAACUUGUGGGAGUGAUGGAUUGUGGAGCUCAAUAACAGCUCCAGUGUGUGAGGUGAUAACCUGCUUUGACCUAUCUUCACUGGUAAAUGGAAACGUCCACUAUGGUGGUGCUGGAUCCCCUGGCAGUAGACCAGUAGACACUGUGGUCACAUACAACUGUAACACUGGCUUCACUCUCACUGGAGGCAGCACCAGGACUUGUGGGAGUGAUGGAAUGUGGAGUGGGUCAGCUCCAACUUGUCAGCAAAUCACGUGCACUGAUCUGCUCUCACCGCCUAAUAAUGGAGCUAUUUCCUAUAAUGGUGGAUCCACUGACAUCAGACCUAUCAACACCAUAGCUACACACAGCUGCAACACUGGCUACACUCUCAAUGGAGAGUUUUCCUGUGGCCCCCCUCCCUCUAUUACCAACGGAUAUCCCGGACAACCAACCAGCACAAUGAUCGGAGGAGAGGCGAUCUACACCUGUGACACUGGAUUCAUUCUUAUUGGCUUUGAAACCAUCAUGUGUUUGAGUACUGGUAACUGGAGCACCUCACCGUCCUGUCAGACCCCUCCCCCUGUGUACUUGUCCCUCUCCUCCACCAACUAUUUGUCUGGGCUCUCUGAGAUCCCCCUGUCCUCCAUGGGAGAGGGGAGUGGCCUCGUCUGUCAUACUGACCUUGCUGGCUGCUGUGAGGGGAACACAGGAGAUUGGUACUAUCCUAACGGUUCUGUUGUUAUGGAGGAUGGAGCGUUGUAUGUUAGCAGAGGUCAGAUGAGUGUCAGUCUGAUGAUGAGUGGAACAGCUACUGCUCCUGGUGGUGUCUACUGCUGUGUGGUGCCUACCAGUGGAGGGAUGAGCACAGCAUGCAAUGUGUUAGCCUCUACUGAUGAUCAUGAGAGCUCUGAGUCUCCCUCUAGAUCUGACAACACUGGUGCUGUGGUGGGAGGAGUGGUGGCCCUGGUAGCGGUGGUGGUGAUUGCAGUGACUGUAGUGAUGGUGACCUACCUAGUGCUCCGGUACAAGAGAGGAGGGAAAAUGACUGUUACUCAAGAUAUCCCCCUUACUGAGCAGGGUCAAAGUGCAGCCGCUACCUACGAGACCGUCCACGCCACUUAUAAGGAGAUCCCAGCCUCCAGAGAGGUCAAAGGUGACUACAGCUACACACAGAACAAUUCCUACUUGACUGUGAGUGGGCACGACAACACAGAGACUCCAGCUGUGGAAAUAUAAAUUAUGAUAACUGAACUUCAUUAUGUUUUUAGCUCAUGCAGAUGUGAAUAUAGUUUCAGUGUACAAUAUUUAGCUACUGUAGGAGCUCCUCCCCUCAUCCUCCUUCUCAC